ACGGCUGUGUUCAUACUGCCAUUAAACUCUGCUAUGAACCCACUAUUAUAUACCAUAUCAUCACUGAACACAAAGACUGUGAAAGAAAGACUAUUAGUGCCAAGUAAAUCUAGAAUUGUUGCCAGCAAUAUUUCUUCGGAUAUAUACAAGUCGUCAGAUGAGUUUGAUCAAGUGUCAAUAUUCCAAAUAGCGAAAGAUCAACUGGGUAGUAAUUUUAUCCCUUUCGCGCCUCAUAAGAAAAAACAAACAGUAUCUCUUGAUCGUUAUCUGAAAUCAUGUGACCAAAAUGUUGCAUCUAUAUGGAAGAUAAGUCGAGACAUCGCGAUGGCAUUACAGUAUUUACAGGAAAAUAAGAUAGUUCAUAAGAAUGUUAACGAAGUGCACGUACUAGUGGAAGUAGGGUCAAAGGGCAUUGUUUUAAAUGCAUAUUUAACAGAUCUGGCAGAAGCCCGAGAAGUGCGAAACGCAAAGACAAAGGUGUCAUUUCUGGGCGAUGUUCUGGAUUAUGGACAUUUACUUGAAAAAAUGCUGGAAGCUUGUGAGAAGGAAUAAGUGAUCGGAGACAGAGUCAUGGCUAUGAAUUUGAAAGUCAAGUUUAUCUAUUACGCUAUUGGCGAAUAAAGCACACACGAAUGACCAUGUGACUUAUAUGCGUGUGUUUAGUAAAUCAGUCGACGAGAAUUCCUUUGUAACAUAACUAUGUAAGAAUGAACUGUAAUGUGUCACACUGACUGUAAUCACAGAAAAGUGAUUUUCAAUACACUGACAAUUAGCCUGAGGAUUUUAAACCGUAAAUGAACUUUUGAAUUAAUAAUUAACGAGAUAUAUGCAAAUUAUUAUUAUUUGUUUAACGAGCCCAAGUGACAUAUCAAUCAUUAUCAUCUACAUGUAUACUUAUUUUACCAAAAUAUUUAAUUAGCAGCAAGGCAGUUUUAUUUUACAUAUACAUGCAUGUGGCUUACUGUGAGUGCAACAAAAUGAACCAAAAACAGAUCUGCCAAAUUAUUUGUAUAUUAGACAUAAGCACUGUGUAAUAUAGUACCAGAGUAUGGCCAACCAACUUUAAUAUGCGCUUAUUUUGUUUACCAAUAUUUCUAAGAUAUUAAGCUGUCCUUUAAGUAUCAGGAAAUACAUAACAAAAUUGGAUUGUAUUUUUUGAAAACUAUAAAAAUAUGAAAUUGUCGUGCCGACUUCUUCAGACAUUUUGUCAUGAUCAGUACAGUUACCUUGUCUUCCACAUCGUCAGUACAAGAUGACAUUUCCGACAUGAUAUU